GAGCUACUCAGAAGAGCCAAAACAGGAAGGGAGUUGCAAAUCAGUGUGCAAAGGGGAGGACCGAAGGUUCCCCUCCCCCCGCUCCUCCAGUCCCCUCACAGUCUUCUUCUCCACUGUCCCCACUGCUCGUGUCUCUGGGUUUUGGGGAGUUUUCUGCUUUUCUGUUGUUGUUUUUCUUUUCCUCCUUUAAUAUAUAGAUUUUUUUUUUUUUUUUUAAACUGAGCUGGAAGACAGUUACUCGGGCGCUGUGAGAGCCGGGGUGAUAGCAAGGCAGUGCGUUUGGUGCUCCGGGCAGGUCUCUUGGCAUCCGGGGAGGCGGCUCCCCCGCCCCUGGACCGCUGCUCCAGCACCGCGGAGAGCGAAUCCAGCACCCCGGACAGAGGCUCCAAGCCCCGGGGAGCAGCUCCAGCACCGCGGAGAGCGGCUCCAGACCUCUUGCCAGUGGCUCCAAGCCCCGGCCAGCGGCUCCAAGCCCCGCGGACAGAGGCUCAGGACCCGCGGGCAUCGCACGCCCCCAACAUGGCUCCGAUCGCCGACACCCGCCAGCAGUUCGAUGAAAUUCCUACAGUGGUUGGGAUCUUUAGUGCGUUUGGCCUUGUCUUCUCUGUCUCUCUAUUUGCUUGGAUCUGCUGCCAACGCAAAUCUUCCAAAUCCAAUAAGACCCCUCCAUAUAAGUUUGUCCAUGUUCUGAAGGGGGUUGAUAUCUACCCUGAGAAUCUCAACAGCAAGAAGAAGUUUGGGGCAGAUGAUAAAAGUGAAGCAAAGAACAAAUCAGCAGUGCCAAAGAAUUCUCUCCAUCUUGACCUGGAGAAGAGAGAUCUAAAUGGUAACUUCCCCAAAACAACCACAAAAACGCAGAGCUCUCCAGAUCUUGACAAUGCUUCUCCUAAGCACUUUGCAGAAAGGAAGAAAGAUUCAGUAUCCCCCGAUAGUUUAAAAUCCAUCACGUCCCUGUCAUCUGAAGAUAAACAAGACAAGCUAGGAACUCUCUUUUUCUCCUUAGAGUACAACUUUGAGAAAAAGGCAUUUGUAGUGAACAUCAAAGAAGCUCGUGGACUGCCAGCAAUGGAUGAGCAGUCAAUGACUUCUGAUCCCUACAUCAAAAUGACAAUCCUGCCUGAGAAAAAGCACAAAGUGAAAACCAGAGUGCUGAGAAAAACCUUAGAUCCAGCUUUCGAUGAGACUUUCACGUUCUAUGGGAUCCCCUACAGCCAAAUUCAAGACCUAACACUUCACUUCAUGGUCUUGAGCUUUGACAGAUUUUCCAGAGAUGAUGUCAUUGGAGAAGUCCUCAUUCCCCUCGCUGGAAUUGAACUCUCAGAAGGAAGGCUGCUCAUGGACAGAGAGAUCAUCAAAAGAAAUAAGUCAUCUGGGCGUGGAGAAUUACUGGUGUCUCUCUGUUAUCAGUCUACAACAAACACACUCACUGUUGUUGUUUUAAAAGCCAGGCAUCUACCUAAAUCUGAUGUGUCAGGAUUAUCAGACCCUUAUGUCAAAGUGAACCUGUACCACGCUAAGAAGAGAAUUUCUAAAAAGAAAACCCAUGUGAAGAAGUGCACCCCCAACGCAGUGUUCAAUGAAUUGUUUGUCUUUGAUAUUCCUUGCGAGGGCCUUGAUGAUAUCAGCAUUGAAUUUCUGGUUUUAGAUUCAGAUAGGGGGUCAAGGAAUGAGGUCAUUGGCCGGUUAACUUUGGGAUCUUCAGCGGAAGGAACAGGCGGAGAGCACUGGAAAGAAAUUUGCGAAUAUCCUAGGAGACAAAUUGCCAAAUGGCAUAUGUUAUGUGAUGGUUAGCAGCUUAGAGAGGGAUUGGAACUUUUAAAACUAUAUAUAUUUCCAUAGGCAAGGAGCAAUUUUUUUUCUUUGCUAUGUAUAAUUAUGAGCUUUUAAUUACAAGACCUUUUUUUUUUUUGGGUGGGGGGGUUGAAAUAAAACUGAAUUGAAUUAUCAGAACAGAAGGUAACUAAAUUUUCACAGUAAAUAACAGAAUUUCUGUAUCAUUAGACUUUAGCAUAAUGGGAUCAGAUUCAUAUUAUUCUAGAGUUUAAAUAGGCUGUAACUUCUGAAGCACUAUGAACUUCAAUAGGAACAGACUAUAUUUUAUGAAAAAGUCACUGGAAACUUUAUUAUUACUGUUAUAUAGAAGAAGAUAACCUCAUUAUAAUAUAGCACUAGCUUUGAAAAACCCACCUAUGGCUUAUUGAUAAGGGGAUGAAUUUAUAAAAGCCAUGGGGAAUGAGGGUGAGUAGGAGGGGAAUUCCUUCUGCUCCUCCACCAAAUCCUUCUUUUAUGAAACUUUAAUUACUGUUUGUAAGUUUUGGUUAUUUAUACUUUGAUCAUCCCAAAGAAUGAAGAGAUUUUCAACAUUUUGUUUUACAUAUCACCCCACGUGCAACUAAUUGUUUUAUGUGUGGAAAUACUACAUCAUUAUUUACACUUGGAUUUUUUAAUAUGUAUUUAUAUAAUUUGUUGUAUUACAGUGACCAAAAUAGAUUCAUUUUUCAAAUUGUUGAGCAAGUUAACAAACAUUUUUUUGUUUAAAGGGCUCCUUUACGGGUGACUGUACAUGUUACAGUAUAGCUAGAAUUUGGGGUUUGAUAUGGCUUGUAUUUUUUUCCUCUAGGUAGGAUUACACUUUAAACAUUUCAAGCCAUAGAAAAACAAUUCUGUUGAGCUGAGGUAACACACAGGAUAUUACAGUCAAUGACUUUUCACCAAUUAUUUUUUAAUCAUUCAAUAGUACUUAAAGAAAAGCUGUUUCUUUUUGUUUGUUUCAUUAAAGAAUUAAAAAAUAGUGAAACAGAGAACAAAACCUUAUUCUGCUGUUUAACUUCCUGAAUUGUAAUAAAUGUCAUUACAGUCAGUACCAAUAUACUGACUGUAUAUUGUAUUUAAAGCAUUUUUAAAACUUUUGCAGAAUAGGAAAUCAAGCUCACAUUAUAAUUUCUCAAGUAUUAUGUAGGCAAAGUACUUGGAAAGUGCUUUUCACUUAGAUUAUGUGAAUUAAUGUACAUUACUGACUGUACUGAAAAUUGGUGGUGGUGGUAAGGGAAAAUAACAUUCUGAUUUCAUAUCAGCAUGACAUAAGUCUACUUAAAUUUAAACUGUGUCAGGCUGGGGAAAUAGCAAGUGUAACUAUAACAAAUAUACAAGUAAAGCAUUUAGACCUGUGAAAGUUAGUCUUGGUCACACCAGAUAGGUUUUUAGGUUGUCAGAACUAUAGCACAACUAUAAGCAGAUUAUUUCCUAUGGUUUGUACACUAAUUUCUGAUACAGAAUUGUUUGCAAACAUUAGUCCUGCUUCAUUUUCAAUUACAAUAUAUAUAAAGAAGAAGAUAAUGAUGUUAGUUGUUGACAUAAGAAGGAUUUUAAAAGUGAAAAACCAUUUUCAGUAUUUUUGCAUCUGUCAUUUUGUCAUGUGUAGUCCCAUUGAAGUAAAUGAGACUCUUUGGGAAUUAAGGUAUUGCUCAAUGUGAGUAAAGGUAGCAGGAUGGGCAUGCCAGGUUUAAAAAAACCACAAACAUACAUUGAAUGUCAAACUACUUUCAUUAAACAACAGACUUAGGUCCUAUUAAAAACUAUUGGGGAUUUGUUGUCUACUUUACCUGUUCUCAUAUGGCCAAACUAUGUUUGCAGGAAAGGACACUGAAAUAUGAAAUAUGCAAGUAGACAAAUAGUACUGGAAGAAUUCCAUUGAGGUUCUUCCAGGUUUUGUGUCAGUAUUUUCUCCAGUUUUUGAGAAUGUGUUUGAUACAACAGUGUUUAUAGAUUUCUGUAAAAAUACAUUUUCAAAAUAACAUAAACAUGCUUUUUAUGAUAAUGCUCAAUGUAAAAAUAUUGCGUAUUGUAUGUAUAAAGGAGAGGAAUCUUUUUUGAUUAUUUCUUUAGAAAGUUGAUUAACUGCUUAAGGGCUAGAGUUUGCCAGCCACAUUCAAGCAGAACUAAUCCAAAGCCACCAAGUGAAAGGAAAGAUGCCCACAGGCUUCAGAGGGGUUUGAAGUGCAUUCACAGAGCAAAACUCUUCUUCUGAGUCAACCCAGCAGUGUCACUGGGACCAUGGAUAAGGAUAGAUAAGGGGAUACCGUUUGAUCCAAUGGAGACUGGGAGAGUUUAAGUUCAGUAUCACACAACCAGAGUUGCUACAAUUUCUAGUAAGGAAAGAACUAUACUGAAAGUGAUUGCAUGAAAGAGAGUGGGACAGCUUGUAACUAACAAGAGAUGGAGGUUUUGUAUAUUGGCCCAUAAGUAGUACAUUAUGUCUAAAAAUCAGAUGACAGGACUCAUCUGUCUCCAAUGGAAACAAAAUACAACAAUAAGAGAUAAUAGUUCCAUCUUUCUGAAUUAAAGCUGGGCUGUGACCAUCUUUCAUUUUGCAUCCAACAAGUCGUCAUCAAUUUUUUCUUAAUUUUUUUUUUCUUUUGAGUUUCUGUAGCAGCUUGAGGGUUAAUAUUUCUACCAGCUAAAUGCAGUUCUUGCUGGGGGAUGGGGGGGAAGCAACAGACGAGGGAAGAAAGACACUUUUAUCAAAUCUAAAAUACCCUGUAAAUAGAUUUGAGUUUUUUUUUUUUUUUCCACUUGAAGCAAUGUUUAGCUUGGAAAGUUGAGUAAAGACGACUUGUAACUCAUUUUAAACCAGACAAGGCAGGAGCGAAUGUAGACCUGUACUGAGAUGAGAAAUUCUGCUGUUUUAUAAAGUAUUCAAUUCUCAUUGUGAAUAUCUUGAACUCUGUUAAGGAUACUGUACUGUAUUAAACAUGUAAAAAAUGAUGUUUGUCUAAGUAGCUUACAAAAAUAAUAACUCCUUGAAUGGGAGACUACUCAUGUCUGGAGAUCUGUCGUAACUAAAUACCUGAUUCGUUAUGGUGUUGUAACUUAAUAGAAGCUAUUCAAGAGGAAGCAUGGUGUAUGAGAUUUUGUAAGUUAUUUGUGCUGGUUCUGUAUGUUGUGCCAUCUGUGUAAGACAAGAAUAAACUGCUGCUUUUGUUCAUCCCAUCCUAAAAUAA